UAUCUAAAAACAUUUUACAAGAACUGUCAGAAAACACUUUUAAUACUCUUGAAAAAAUAUCUCACCACCAUAAAUUCACUGUCAACUUACAAAACAAUAAAUUGAAAUGUGGUUGUGCACAGAUAAGAUUUCUCACAAGGCUCCACAACUACGCACUUCAGUUCGUUUGAAAAUAAUCCACUCGAAAUGUACUCAUCCUAACGGAACAGUGUGGAAGUUGAAAGGAAAUCAGCUUGUUAGGAUCGUAAGCUUUCUGAAUCACACUUGUUCAGCCUUGAUAGGGAUAAUAAUUGCGAUAAGUUUUGGUGUUGUAAUACUGAUUAUAUUUCUAGUUGCCUCACUCAUUUACCAUUUUAGAUGGAAGCUACGAUAUUUAUAUUACAUGAUCAGAGAAAAGUAUUCCUACAAACAACUCACUCCCGAUGAAUAUAUUUAUGAUGCAUUUGUGAUUUAUGCCGACGAAAAUCGAGAUUUUGCAUUAAAUUAUUUGAUUCCAGAAUUGGAAGGAAAAGAAAGCUUACGUUUGAAUAUUCAUCACCGGGACUUCCCUGUGGGAAAAUUGAUAACAGAAAAUAUAUUAUCAGCAAUCCAAUCUAGACGAAAAUGUAUUAUUUUAUUAAGAAGGCAUGAAGAUAUCUACAUGGCAAUGAAGGGAAUAUUCAUUUUAGCUUUUGCUUACUUCAUGAAAACAUUUAUUAAAGUGACUGCAAAUUGUCGAACAGACUGCCCUGAUGUUUGCAACUGUACUGAGAUUAUUUUCAACCGCUGUACUGUAAUCUGUACAGACCAAAAUCUAACUCAAAUACCUGAUACUUUUCCAAAGAAUGCUACGUCAAUAGAUUUAAGUCGAAAUCGUAUUAAAAGUAUUCCAGCGGAUAGCUUGAGACAUUUAAAUUUAUUAGAGGUGCUGAAACUUGAUGAUAAUCUUCUUGAAUGUUUUCAACCGACCACCUUUCAAGGUUUGUGGUCCUUGAAAGAACUCUCGUUGGAGUACAACCGACUAUCUAUCAAUUAUGUUUCUUUUCCUAUAAAGCUCUUUCAAAAUUUAACUAAGGUGAAAAUUCUGAAAUUACGAGGUAACUUAUCAAACAUAUCUACGACUUAUAUCGGUAAAACUAUUUCUCAUUUAACUUCACUGGAACAAUUAUCUAUGACAGGUAAUAAAUAUAGUUACUUUGGAGUGGAGUAUACAAAACUGUCAAACUUAAAGUAUGUUAGCUUUGCUACAAAGCGGAAUAAAUCAAUGUUGUACACUCUCACGGGUGGCUCCUUUCAGAAUAUACCAUAUGUCGUCUACUUGAAUCUCAGUUACUCUGAAAUACAUGUAAUUAAUAAAAAAUCAUUUCAAUAUUUAAAUAAUCUAACAGUUCUAGAUAUUUCAUAUAAUAAUGUUCGUGAUGGAGACAAUAAUUUCUUCAAAAGUUUCCAGUCAACUCAUCAUCUUGAAUAUCUUGCCCUCAGUAAUAUCAUUGCUAGGAAUAAUCUUGGAAUGCCCUUAUAUGCGAGAGAAGCAUUUUAUCUAAAUUAUACAUCAUAUUUUGUGGAAAGUAAAUGGUGUAUGUUUGAAUAUAACUUAGCUAAAAUGGAAUAUAUUCAUACCGAAAGAAAUAUAGUAAUUAUUGUGGUACUGGAGCAGGUACCACACAGACAGCUGCCAUUACCAAUACUUGAACAGAUAAAGAAUCAGAAAUGGUUUAGUUCAAUUAAAGACAAGAGUAAUACCAAAUUUAUACAGUUUGACAUCUCUAGUUUCUACUCAUCAAUUAACCCCAUAAUUCUUAACAAGGCACUUUGGUUGGCCCAUAAUAAGGCAGGUCUUUCUAGGGACGAAAUUAGUGUAAUAUUAGCGGCUCGAAAAUCAAUUAUAAAAUUCAACAAUAAGCUAUGGAUUCGUAAGGAUACUCCGGAGGCUUACGACGUUCGUAUGGGAAGUUCGGAUUCAGUUCAAAUAGCUGAUAUAGUUUGUUCGUAUUUAUUAUAUGAAUUGGCAGACCAAUUCGCAAAUAUUAAUGGAGGUCUAUACAGAGAUGAUUGUCUACUAUACCUCCAAAAUGUCACUACCCAGCACAUCCAAAAGGUUAAAAAUUUAGCUAGAUUCUUCUGGAGAAUGGGUUUUGGCAUCGUUUUUGAGGAUGAGGUCUCCGUAGCCAACUUCCUAGAUUAUGCCAGCCUUUCUUCUAUCUUAUGCAUAAAGAAAAAGUUGAUGCAGUUAUGUAAGGACAAAGUAACGGAGAAUUAUUUAUUUACUAUUGGCCUCAUAUACUGUCUGCAAUAUUUCGUUACACUAAGGUAUGAAAAUAUCUAUAUGACAAUGAAGAGAAUAUUCAUUAUGGUUUUUGCUUACUUCAUGAAAACAUUUAUUAAAGUGACUGCAAAUUGUCGAACAGACUGCCCUGAUGUUUGCAACUGUACUGAGAUUAUUUUCAACCGCUGUACUGUAAUCUGUACAGACCAAAAUCUAACUCAAAUACCUGAUACUUUUCCAAAGAAUGUUACGUCAAUAGAUUUAAGUCGAAAUCGUAUUAAAAGUAUUUCAGCGGAUAGUUUGAGACAUUUGAAUUUAUUAGAGGUGCUGAAAAUUGACGAUAAUCUCCUUGAAUAUUUACAACCGACCACCUUUCAAGGUUUGUGGUCUUUGAGAGAACUCUCGUUAGAGCACAACAGACUAUCUAUCAGAUAUUGUUCCUUUCCUAUAAAACUUUUCCGAAAUUUAACAAGAGUGAAAAUUCUGAAAAUACGAGGUAACCUCUUAAAACAGUCUACAACCUAUAUCGAUAAAACUAUUUCUCAUUUAAUUUCACUGGAAUAUUUAUAUAUAACAGGGACUUCAAAGUCUGUAUUUGGAGUGGGAUAUCUAAAACUGUCAAAGUUAAAGUAUAUUAGCUUUGCUACAGAGCGGAACAGUUCAGAAAUAAAUCACCUCACUGACGUUAUAUUUCUGAAUACGCCAUAUGUUGCCUUCUUGAAUCUCAGUUACUCUAAAAUACAUUCAGCUAGUACACGUAUAUUUCAACGUUUCAAUAAUCUAAGAGUUCUUGAUGUUUCAUAUAAUAAUUUUCGCUUGGGAUACAAUAGUUUCUUCAAAAAUUUUCACACCACUUAUUAUCUUGAAUAUCUUGCCCUCAAUAAUAUCAAUGUUAGGAAUAUCCUUGGAAUGCCCUUAUAUGCGAGAGAAGCAUUUUAUCUAAAUUAUACAUCACUGAAAAGAUUUGAGUUUAACUAUAACAGACUAGAAUAUAUAGAGCCCAAUUUUAUUUCUUCUUUACCCAAAACAUUGGAAUACGCAUAUUUGAAAAAUAAUAUAUUAACAUAUGGAAAAUAUUUGUUUGAAAUCAAGACUUUAUCCAACAUUAAAUUAAUCGACAUUAGUACGACAUUAUCACAUAAAAACCUUCCAUUAUUUCGUUAUAAAUUAUUCAAUAGGGAUAUUACUUACAGUUUUACAAUCUCCAAAUCUCUUAAAACACUCUUACUACAAGGUUGCCACUAUCAAUUUCCCAUACCACCAUUCCAUAUAAGAGAUGCAAAUGCAAUAAGAUUAAUUAAUGCAACGAAUAAUUUAUUUUGUCCAUGGAGUGGCCCAGUCCGAGGCUUAGAACAAUUACAAAUUCUGGAUUUAAGUCACAAUCAAUGCAAUAAUAUCAGUAACGAAUUCUUCACAUUUUUCACUGGUCUGCGACUUUUGAAUAUCGAAAAUAACGCAAUAGGAAUUUCAGGGCAAGUUGCCGAAGAAGGUUUCAGUAAAGCUUUUCUAAAUUUAACCAACCUCGAAGAAUUAUAUCUUUCAAAUAACCACAUUCGAUAUUUAUCAAACAACAGUUUGUUACAGCUGAAAAAUCUCAGAAUCUUAAAUUUACACAUCAAUUUAUUGGAAUCGUUUGAUGUAAAGAUUAGUCAUAUGUUAAAUUUAUCAUAUUUAGAUUUAUCUAAAAACAUUUUACAGGAACUGUCAGAAAACACUUUUAAUGCUAUUGAAAAGAUAUCUGAAUACCAUAAACUCACUGUCAACAUACAAAGCAAUAAUUUGAAAUGUGGUUGUGCGCAAAUUAGAUUUCUCACUUGGCUGCACAAAGUACGCAAUUCAGCACAUUUGAAAAUAAUGUACUCGAAAUGUACUCAUCCUAACGGAACAGUGUGGAAGUUGACAGACAGCCGGCUUCCUUUGAUUAUAACCUAUCUUAACCACAGUUGUUCAUCAUUUAUCGGUAUAAUUAUCACUGUAGCAUGUCUUAUUGUGCUUCUGGGUUGCUUUUCUUUCGGAGCUCUUGUUUACCAUUUUAGAUGGAAACUACGAUAUUUGUAUUACAUGAUCCGAGAACGAUACGCAUAUCAGAGAAUACAAACUGGAGAAUAUCUUUAUGACGCUUUUGUAUCUUAUGCAGAAGAAGAUCGAGGUUGUGUUUUUGAAUAUCUAAUUCCAGAACUUGAAGAAAAGGAUACGUUUAAACUGAAUAUCCAUCAUCGAGAUUUUCCCGCAGGUAAACAGAUUGCUGAAAAUAUAUUGUCUGCUAUCCAGUCCAGUCGAAAAUGUCUUAUUUUACUUAGCAGGAGCUUUUUGUCAAGUGAGUGGUGUAUGUUUGAAUAUAACAUGGCUAAAAUGGAAUGUGUUCACGCUGAAAGAGAUUUGGUAAUUGUCAUAAUGCUCGAAGAACUCUCUGUAGACAUUCUACCUUUGCAAUUACAGCAUCAAAUCAAAAUGCAGAGUUAUAUAUGUUUUCCGACGACGAACCCAACAAGUGAUGUUUUCUGGAAUAAUCUUAAAAAAUCUAUACAAGAAGGUUAAUAAUAGUGUGAUCGAUUUGAAUUAUAUUUCAAUUUUAUAUCGGUGUCACCGAAAGAACAUUUUCUAAUAUUCUCCUUUGCACAUACUCAUCAAAAUUAUAAAUUUGUGUGUGUGCAUGUGUGUGUGUGCAUGUGUGUGUGUGUGAGAGAGAGAGAGAGGGGGGAGAGAAAGGAGAGGGAGAGAGAGAGAGAUUUCUUUAUAGUAAGUUGCUAUUACUUUCAGUAAAUAUUCAUAAUAACUUUUAACUUACAUUAACAAAAAACAUGUUUCUUUGUAACUACUCGCAGUCAUUUGUUUAUUUUCAAUAUCAAUAUUUUGCCGAUCAUUAUGUAAUCUGUAGUAUGUGCCAUCGUUCUUUUCUUUCUAUAAUAUAUUUUGAAUCGAGAAA